UUUCCAUAAAAAUGCGCGAAAGUUUAGUGAAUGAGUGACUAGACCGUAUUUGUCUAUGGCGGGAAAUUACGUUUUAUUUUUAAUUAUAACUUUCCAGAAAUUUUAUUUAUAUCUUAAAUAUUAUUUUUUAAAAUAUCUUAUUUUAUAUACAUUUUCAGAUAUUUAUAAAAUAUUGACCUAUAUAUACCUAUAUAAUACGGAGAGAGAGUACGGAGAAAAGAAAUUGAAAAAUUGAGAAACAUAAUUACGAGACGUACAAUACAAUGACGAAGAAUCUACCACCUGGUUACGUGUUCGCACCGAGCGAAGAAGAACUGAUUGUUGAUUAUCUUGAAAAGAAGGUUAAUGGACACUCAUUACCAAUGCACAUCAAUGAAGAUAAUGUCUACUUGUAUAAUCCAUGGCAACUCAUACAAAAAUAUCCAUUGCAGAGGUUCGAUGAGGGUUGCUUAUACUUAUUUAGUCCGCUACAUAAAUUAUCAGAAGGUGGAAACAAACGACCUUCUCGAUCAGCUGGAGACGGACACUACAGAAGUUCGAGAUGUUAUCCAAUAAUCUCCUCUGAAGGCAACACAAUUGGCUACGAAACACAUCUAAAGUUUUAUAUGGGAAAACCAUCUAAUAAGGAUGAUGACGACAACAAAACUAAUUGGCUUCUAACAGAGUAUAGAUUAAUGAACAAACAACCAAAUAACAACAACAAGACUACUCUUGAUGAAUGUGUUUUGUGCAAACUGUACUAUAAUGAUCAAAAAGAAGAUGAAGAUGAAGAUGAAGAUGAAGAGAGUAGAAAACGAAAGAGAUUUACUACAUCUACAACAACAGAAGAAGAUCAAAAAGAAGAAGACAACAAGAAUAAUGAUCCUCUGUCUCUGUCACAACAACAUGAAUCCAAUCCUCCUAAUCCUAAUCCUAAUCCUAAUCUAUCAGUAGAAGAAUGGGAAUCAUAUUUCAACAUUACUCUAGAUCAACAUUUAGAAGAAGAAGAUUUAGAAGAUGAUGAUGAUACACUUUUCUUUAAUCAGCUCAACCAAGCAGACUAUCCACCGCAACACUACUUCGAUGAUCCACCAUAUAAUCUUGCUCCACAACACCAACACAAUCAUAAUGAUAUUGACAAUCAUAUCCAAAAUCUUCUUCAACUUCUGAAUCACAACUGUGAGAAUGAGAACCACAACUCCAACAACAACAUCAUAUUCUAAGUGUUUCAAUUCAUUUCUAUUACAACCACAACAACAACAACUUCAAUCAAUACAACAUCAACUAAUAACAUAAUUAAUUAUUAUAAUUUUCUCAUAAACACAUGCAUUGUAAUUUUCUUCAACUAUAAUUAACACAUUAAUCAUGUAAUCUUCAGUCACAUUUAAUACAUACUUAAAUAUAUAUAUUAAUUAAUUGUUUCUUUUUCUUUAAUUGGGAAUUAUUCAACUCAUAAUAUAUAACUACUCUCUAAAUGCAUUAAUUCACUUGAAAAAAGCUUCAAUUUCUUACAAUAUUAAUUAACUAAA